UGAUGACCCAACGCUGGGGGCCUGGAAUCGCAUCUAGAGAUUGGUGGCCAGUGCCAAAUCGCCACGAUCAUGUAGGAAAUGCAAUAUCAACAGAUGCCAGCAAUGUUUCGACUCCCCCUUCAAUGCCGGCUCUAAAAAAGGAAUCACCAAAAUGGGAGGCAUCACCUCAAGGUUGGCUGGAAGGUAUCGCAGAACCCGCUCUUUCAAACCCAGACUCUGCCUUGCCCCCUACACCUUCGCGGUCAGCUUCCCAAAAAUGGGCCAAGAGAGCAUUAUGAAAUCCACAAAAGCAAGCUGCAUGGCUCCAUUGGCGCCGCGAUAUAAUACACAACGCACUGGAAAUCUAUCUAGAAGUAGAGGCAAAGAAGGCAGGACGCAUACCCCUUGCCACCCCCAGCGAGAUGUCAUUUGACAGAAACGGAAAACUACAAACACCGGCAGUAUCGCUGUGCUCUCACUGCAAUGCGUCUCCCCAGUUUCAUUCGCUCAUGACGAUCGCGUUCUCAGGUGCCGUGUGGCGGACGUUCGAAUAUUGUGAAUGUCCGUCUAAUACUCUCCCGCUUAGCAUCAUCCAGUCUGGCUACUUUCCGGGGUCACCUGUAAUGCCUCAAGUUGCCUUCCAUUUCGACGUCCUUUCGCUGUAUUCAGCCUUACAUGUGGACUUGUAUACCCCGGCUGCCUCCUUUCAUGCCGCUUUGUUUUCCAUGUUACAAGAGAAUGGCUAUGAGUUCACCCACAACGACCCUUUUCUCCAGUCGUUUAGUGAGGCGAUCACUUGGUUCCAGGCCUUACGUGAUUUAGUAGACGUUGAAACGGAGAGAGAAUUCCUCCAUCCCUCAUCCCCUGCGGUGCCCGAUGCACCGCUAUGGCGUUCCGCGCUGGCUGAGUCCGCUGGGUCCAUCCACGCCGUUCCUGCUCACAACGGAGAUCCUUCGGUCGCUACAUCCCAUGGCAUGGUAUCUGUUGACCACAGCAUCCCAACCUUCACAAAGACGUCACAGGAUCUUCUGUCGAUGGUCCCUGAGCGAGCAAGGCUCAUUCGCAACCCAUCCGACACCACCGCCAGCCCAUACCUCCGUGCGAGAUGCCCCCAAUGUUUUGGAGGUUUGAUAUGGGGUAGUUCAGCCAACGAAUGUCCUGAUGUCAUCGUCGCUAUGGAUGGUAAUAUGCAACAUAGGCAGUACAUGUUCGUUGGAGGAGACAUGGUCCUUCCCUGGAAUGAAACCUGUACAUUCCUCACCGAUGCCGAAAUUGAGGAAGCUGCCCUCCAUGUCUCUGAUGCACAAGCUGCAUCUAGAGGUUGUUCGGAAGAAUCUCGUCCCUCAUCCCUUGUACCAGAUGGUGCUAUUGAUGAAUGUGAACAGCAGCACUUUUCAAUUGCCAUGCUCCUUGCACUCAACCGCCAACUACCCUCAAACACCACCAUUGGAUUAAUGUAUGAUGUUGGAUGUGUUCUCGAUCGAUCAAUUGCCAAGUACAAUCUCAUUCCCGAAAUCGCUCCUAGAUUGAGCAUCGCCGUUUCAGUCUUCCAUGCCUAUGCACAUCAAUUCUGUUGUCAAGUUGCAUUUCACCCCUGGAAACGAAAUGGGUUCGGAAAGUCAAACGGGGAAGGAAAUGAGCGGCUAUGGUCCUUAAUUGUUGAUACAAUAGCGCCUGAACGCAUAAUGAGUCCAGCUAAACAAAUCACAACUAUUGACCACAAAAUCAAGAAGAUUGCGAUCCGUGGCCGAGACCGUCUUGCUUCAUUGGCGAGGUCCAAACUGGCCGCCAUUCUCCGUGAGGAGGCGCUUCUGAUGGAUCUUCUUAAAGAUUUGGAGAGUGACAGGGGAUUCACAACUCCUUUCCUUCGAUCCCAGUGGGAAGAGCAAAAGACUUUGCAGCUCUCCAUUCGAACUUACAAUGACCAAGCCGGAAUGAAAAAGUUCGCGAGACUUCUCGAAGCCGAACGGUCAGCGCAAGCACAUUCGGAAGCAUUGGAUGCUGUAAAGAAGGAGUUGGACCGAAUUAGCUUGGCGCGAACACUGUCCCACAGCCCUAUCGAUCUUGACGAACAUUUCCAAGCUGCUCAGCAUGUACGGUUGUUGCACGAUGAAUCUCAACAACGCCUACGAGAUCUGACAGCUCAAAUUGGCCUGUCCGAUUUGAAACCUCCGCGAAAUCCGUCUAGCACAGAAAGGGACUAUAUGGAGAAGUACAUCCUGGCCCGAUUCCGCAAACAUGCCAUCCUUAUCCGCUUAGCCAAGUACCAGGACGAGAUGAACCCUAUUCGAAGCUCGCAACGGCAUGGAGGACGACUCGUUACAAAAGUUGGCUACUCGAAGAUGGUCUCAGUGUUCAAUAGCGCAAAAGACCAUGCCCGUGUUAUUUCCGACCAGGUCGCGCGAUAUAACGAGCUUGUUGACAGCCUUGAGCGUUCCGAUAGGCCCUCCUGGCUCCCGGAUUCUUUGAAGCACACCAAAAUGGACAUCAAAAUACUGCUUAACAUGGAUCCCAGUGAUGAGCAGUGGACAAACAUGUGGGAGAGCCUGUGGGUUUCCAACUGGAACCUGGAUGAGAAACCACCUGCCUUUAUUGUCGAUCAGCAGGUUCACCAUGGCAUAGUAGCAGUGCUGUUGCUCGCUCGUAUUGAGGAAGAAAAGCUUAGGCUCGCUCGAGAGGAACUCAACGUGCACACCUGGAUUGUCCAGUCGGUAGACUCCAUGAUUCGGACCACAGACGAUAUUCAUUCUCUUUAUAAAUAUCGAUGGCAACUACGCCUCAAGUUGUUACUCAAGUGCCGUGAUGCAAUCGUGAACGGACCAUUUCCUUGCGUCAAUCUGUGGCGUGCAUCGACACACUACCUGCUUGCAAACCUAGAACAUUCAGACCCCCAGGCUGCACCGAGUGCCAUGGAGUAUUCCUCCUUCCGCCUUCCCCCCCCUGGUUCUGCAACUCUAUCCUCAGGAACACACGGCAUAGACCCCAAAGACGAUGCUGUAGUCACAAAUGAACUAAGUGCACUCACUGGACUUAUCCGGAUGAGCCCAGAGCCGGAUGACAAUGACGAUAUUGAUGAUAUCGAGCCCUCUACUGACAGUGGCAGUGGCCCAGGCGAUACUCUCGAACCUGAGAUACCCGUAAACCAUUCAGACGGUGAACCAGAGAUACGACUCGAUGAGACAAUGGACCCCAUUGACAAUCCUGAUCCACACACUGAACCUCUUACGGACUUGGUUCCUCCUCAUAGAUUGAGAGAUGCAGAUAGUCCCGGCUGCAACAAAAGUAUUGAGGAGAAGUUCUGGAACGAGAACCCCUGUCCCCAAAGUCUUCCUCCAAUUACAACAAUCUUCCAUGCCAUCCGUUCACCCACCCAGUCCAUCCAACAACAAAAGCCAACCAAAAUUUGGAAGGAAAUAAUGGAGUUGCUUCUGCCUCAAGACGCCGGAAAAAUAGUGAAUGAGAGCAAAACAAGAGAUAAAGCAAGAUAUUACAAACAUAUUGCGAUCUUCCCUGAUGCAUUACUGACAGUCAAUCGCCGGCGGCUGAUACAUGGAGCAAUAAUCGAUGCCUACGUUGAGAUGCUGCAAGACCUUACAGACGAAAAGCUACGGGAUAUCCUCAAGACUACUCGCCCCCGCGUGAUCAUGUUUCCUACUCAGUGUGAAGGAAUGAGGCAUUGUAUGGCAGUUCACCUGUUGGAUCGAGCCACAAAGAAGGUCCGAACUGAUCUUUUUGACGCAAGCGCUUGGACAAUUCCAUGCUACUCAAGGAAGCACAGUCACUGGCUGCUUGGCAUUGUAAACUUCGAACAACGAGAGCUGCGCUAUCUUGACAGCAUGCCUCUCCAGCAAAACGCUCAUAUAGGCCGUCAUGGUCCACAGUGGGUGUUUACAAUACUUCAGGGACUAGUCAAUGCCACCUGGUUGUUCAUCCACCCUGAUGAUGAGCAUGGAUACAACUGGUCCAAUUGGUCCACUCAAGCAGUCACUCCCCAGACGGAACCGCGCCAAUGGAAUGGGUAUGAUUGUGGGGUUUGGACCAUGGCUGACAUUCAAGCUAUACACAUCGGACUUGAUGCUGUGCCGAAAGACACGAACAUUGACAAUUUUCGGGAUAGGGUGAAACAACAGAUCCUUUCCCUUCCUCCAUCGACACCGCGUUGGCAGCCUACCUGGAGAAGCCUGGAUCCGGACCUCAUUCAUGAACUGCGGUGCCGAGCUGCUAAAGUGGCCGCAACAUUUCCCGUUAAUUAUUCCGAGCUCGAAAUCGAUCACACGGACUUCCCAUUAGUGAUGGAUGAUGAACAAGAACAAAUAGAUUUGACCGACUAG